GGCGCGGAAUCCGUGAAUUGCCCGCGGCCACGAGGGUGCAGCUCCCGGACUGACUGGCGCUGCCCUGCCCCAUGGACGCCUCCUCUAGCCCAUGGAAUCCAACCCCGGCUCCCGUCAGCAGCCCUCACCUGCUGCUCCCCAUCCCUGCCAUCGUCUUCAUCGCUGUGGGCAUCUAUUUGUUGCUGCUGGGCCUAGUGCUGCUGGUUAGGCACUGCCUGCGGGUCCAGGGCUGCUGCACAGACUGCAACUCCCCCUGCGGGAAGCAAGGUGCCUUCCGACUUCAAGACUGUUGCUGGACCUGUGCAGAAGCCUGUGACUUCCCUCUGCCUAGCCCAGGCCACUGCCUGGAUGCCUGCUGCCCCCAGCCCACCGAAGCUGGUUGGGCACCUCGCUGCCCUCGCUGCUGCCCUCGCUGCUGCCCACUCUGCGACUGUGCCUGCGCGUGCCAACUUCCCGACUGCCAGAGCCUCAACUGUCUCUGCUUUGAGAUCAAGCUCCGAUGAGGAUCCAGGGUCCCUGCCCUUUGGGGAGCGGCCAGCCCCCAGGACCCACAUACCCUCAUCCCUAAGGGGCCUCAGGACACCUUUCUCCAGGCUACUGGAACCACACAAAUGGCCUGCCCAGCUCACAGGCCUGGGAACUGGAACUGGCAGUGGGGGACCUGGCUCCUUGCUGGGCUGGACUCUUGGCCAGCUGGGCUGCAGCUCCUUUGGAGGGCCAGAAGAGAGGGGGCUGUGUUCCAGCAGGUGUCCUGCCCCCUCUUUCCCUCCCCAAGUAAACUCUCCUCCCUCUAAGGGGAGGGGAGGCACUGCUCACCACAGACAGCUUUAUCGAGGAACUUGGACCUUAAAUAUCAGGAUAUACAGAGGUGCCCCAACCACACCGCUGUCCAUGGAUUCUUGGUUAUUUUAAGAGAUCCCUGGCCAAGAUUUAUUUCUCUUGACAACCAGGGGCCUCAGUCUGGAUUUCCAAGGAAGAAAUUUCUUUUGAAGUACCGGAACUUGCUAUCACCAGCACCAUGCCCUACCCACAUCCAGCGCUGACCCCGGAGCAGAAGAAGGAGCUGUCUGACAUCGCUCACCGCAUCGUGGCUCCGGGCAAGGGCAUCCUGGCUGCAGAUGAGUCCACUGGGAGUAUUGCCAAGCGGCUGCAGUCCAUCGGCACUGAGAACACAGAGGAGAACCGGCGCUUCUACCGCCAGCUGCUGCUGACAGCCGAUGACCGCGUGAAUCCCUGCAUCGGGGGUGUCAUCCUCUUUCAUGAGACACUCUACCAGAAGGCGGAUGAUGGGCGUCCCUUCCCCCAAGUUAUCAAAUCCAAGGGUGGAGUUGUGGGCAUCAAGGUAGACAAGGGUGUGGUGCCCUUGGCAGGAACAAAUGGCGAGACUACCACCCAAGGGCUGGAUGGGCUAUCUGAGCGCUGUGCCCAGUACAAGAAGGAUGGAGCCGACUUUGCCAAGUGGCGUUGUGUGCUGAAGAUUGGGGAACACACCCCCUCAGCCCUUGCCAUUAUGGAGAAUGCCAAUGUUCUGGCCCGUUAUGCCAGUAUCUGCCAGCAGAAUGGCAUUGUGCCCAUCGUGGAGCCUGAGAUUCUCCCUGAUGGGGACCAUGACUUGAAGCGCUGUCAGUAUGUAACCGAGAAGGUGCUGGCUGCUGUCUACAAGGCUCUGAGUGACCAUCACAUCUACCUGGAAGGCACCUUGCUGAAGCCCAAUAUGGUAACCCCAGGCCACGCCUGCACCCAGAAGUUUUCUCACGAGGAGAUUGCCAUGGCAACUGUCACCGCACUGCGCCGCACAGUGCCCCCGGCUGUCACUGGGAUCACCUUCCUGUCUGGAGGCCAGAGUGAGGAGGAGGCAUCCAUCAACCUCAACGCCAUCAACAAGUGCCCCCUGCUGAAGCCAUGGGCCCUGACCUUCUCCUAUGGCCGCGCCCUGCAGGCCUCUGCCCUGAAGGCCUGGGGUGGGAAGAAGGAGAACCUGAAGGCUGCCCAGGAGGAGUAUGUGAAGCGAGCCCUGGCCAACAGCCUCGCCUGUCAAGGAAAGUACACCCCCAGUGGUCAGGCCGGGGCUGCAGCCAGCGAGUCCCUCUUCGUUUCUAACCAUGCCUACUAAGCUGAGAUGUUCUAAGGCUGCCCCCUCAACACUCCAGGCCCUGCCCCCUCCCACACUUGGAGAGGGGGCCUCAUCCAGGGCUCCAGGCUGUCUUGCCCAUCGCUCUUACCUGCCAUGUGACACUGGUGUGUGGUGUUGUCUGUGUAUGCUAAUGCCAUCACUCUUUCCAGCCCACUGCCAAUAAACAACUAUUUAAGGGGGA